UGGCCACCAGUCGUUUGUGCUCCUUCCGGGUCCCCCUAGGUGGGAGCAGCCGGCAGCCCUGCUGGCCUGGCGGAUCCUCUGUGCAUCCUCCAUGCACCUUCUUUUUCCAAGGGCGACGUUAACCUCCCCGGGUCGAGCCGGAGCGCUGCGCCUGCGGCAGUGACUAGACGUUUUGGAUUUACGAUUCUGUUUUGUCGUUCGGUUGGUGGAAGAUGUGCUCGUAGCUCUAUUUUCCAUGACAGAUAGUGACGACAGUACGUGCAAAAGGUAUAUAAAGAUGAUUACCAAUAUAGUAAUACUGAGCCUGAUCAUUUGCAUUUCCCUAGCGUUCUGGAUUAUGUCAAUGACUGCUAGCACCUAUUAUGGUAACUUUCGGCCUGUUUCUCCGUGGCGCUGGCUGUUCUCCGUCGUUGUUCCUGUUGUGAUCGUCUGUAAUGGCUUUAAAAAGAAAAGUCUAGAUCACAGUGGGGCUUUAGGAGGGUUGGUGGUCGGAUUCAUCUUAACCAUCGCAAAUUUCAGCUUUUUUACCUCUUUGAUGACGUUUUUCCUUUCAUCUUCAAAACUCACGAAGUGGAGAGGAAACGUAAAGAAGCGACUGGACUCAGAGUAUAAGGAAGGAGGACAGAGGAAUUGGGUCCAGGUGUUCUGUAAUGGCGCCGUGCCCACAGAGCUGGCCCUGCUCUACAUGAUAGAGAACGGCCCCGGGGAAAUGCCCAUAGAUUUUUCCAAGCAACACACUGCUUCCUGGAUGUGUUUGUCUCUCUUGGCUGCGCUGGCCAGCUCGGCUGGAGACACCUGGGCUUCUGAAGUUGCUCCUGUUCUGAGCAAAAGCUCACCUCGGCUAAUAACAACCUGGGAGAAAGUUCCAGUUGGAACCAACGGAGGAGUCACAGCAGUGGGACUUGCCUCCAGUCUCCUCGGCGGUACCUUCGUGGGCCUGGCGUACUUCCUUACACAGUUGGUGUUUGUGAACGAUUUAGACAUCUCUGCUCCACAGUGGCCCAUUAUUGCAUUUGGUGGUGUGGCUGGGUUAUUCGGAUCACUCGUGGACUCGUUCUUAGGGGCGACAAUGCAGUUCUCUGGUCUGGAUGAACGCACGGGCCUGGUGGUGAAUAGCCCGACGCAGGAGACGAAGCACAUAGCGGGGAAACCCAUCCUGGAUAACAACGCCGUGAAUCUCUUCUCCUCUGUCUUGGUGGCCCUCCUGCUCCCCACAGCUGCGUCGGGGUUUUGGCCCAGAGAGUGAGCUUUCUUUUCCUUCCCAAGCAGUCGAUACUGGUAAGGCCAGCCAGACUUGCAAUGUGAAGGUUUUUGGUUUUUUGUUUUUGUUUUUGUUUUUAUUUUUGUUUUCAGUGAAAAAUAAAUUCAGGGACCUUGGGAAUACCAGCUCCUCCCGUGUUCCAUUGUGGCGGCAUACCACGGGCUGCUUUCAGCUCCCUUAGCAGCUGCCGCCUUCCUGGUGGAGGGGGAAGUGCAUACCAAGUUGUCCACAUUCAUCCACUGUGGAUGAAGCUUCAUGAACAACGGAGCCGCUCUUUCCCUCUGUGGCUGAACUGAAACAUCAGAUGUUCUCUGUAAAAUAUUAUUGUUCAACUUCUCAAAGCAGUGUGUUGACAAUUUAAAAUGGUUCCCAUUUGUACAGAGACUUACCACUAUGACAGUGGCCCAAAAGUUAGACCUGCUUUAAACGACUUAACCCAUACACAUGGAAGCCCAAAGAAGUAACUGUCUUGAAUGUGGUCGCUCAUUAUCUUCUUAGUCACAACUGUGAAAAAUGCAGUCAUUGCUUCUCCAUGCUCCUCAUCCUUUCUCCCAGUUAAUGACGUCAUUGUUUGGGUACAUUUCUUCUUCAUCACGUUAGAAAUAUAUAUGGAAAGAAAAUAUUUUUACCAAAAGAAAUCAUAUAAAUUUGCACCAUUAGGAUGAAGGCGUAGCUCAGUGAUAGCACUUAUCUCAGGUGCACAGUACCCUUGUUUAAAUGCCCUGCACUGAAAGAAAAUCGCCUUACUCAUUUAUAUCUUUGAAAUACACAUAUAUCUUUGGAAUCUGGAUCCCUUACUGCCGUGUGGAAGUUAAUAAGUCACUGGAAAAAUAAUGUAAUUUUUUUUUAAAUUUACUUUCGUCAACCUUUGACCUUAAUCUUUUAAGUGCCUAGAAGUGCUGUGAUUUCCCCGUUGUGAGCCUUCUUGGUCCUACGUUCCUCUCCUUUGGGUUCCUCUCCUUUGGAGCCUAAGUUGGCGGUUAUAUCACCGGAGGACUGCCCAGUAAGAGUAUAGUAAGACUGGUGCCUGCCCGCUGUUAGGAUUCUGUGAGACAGGGAAGGAGCAGUGUGCAUAGAGCAUGGGCGGCUCAGCUUCUGGUGGAGCCCUCAAGGGUUAGCAUCGGGGAAGCAGGGCAGCUGGAACCAUUGGGAAAGCAGUUGAUGGGAACAGCAAGUCUUGUUCUCAGCCUUUCUGAUUUCUUUUGCUGUUUCUGGUAGCCAUCUGUGCAUGUAGGAUCCUGGCUAGAGAAACGGCAACCCCCACCUCUGUUACAUCCCAGUCUACUGUCCUGAAAAGUGGUAAGAAAUGAAGUGUCUGGAACUGUCCCACGCUGGCAGUCUGGACAGCUGCCAUCUUCUGACCAUGCAGAUUCUAGGGCCUGUUCAUCUGUCUUCCUUAUGUUUGACUUCAUGAGCGGGUGUCAUCACCAUGAGAAUGAACUGUCCUGGCAACCACAUCCCAGACAAAUAACAACAUGCCCUAAAAAAAACCAAACACAAUGUGCAGCUUAAUCAGCUCAUCCGCUCAUAGAGUAUCUGUUACCUUAACUCCUGCCGGGCCUGAGUAUUUUAAAAACUCAAAGUAAUUGUUGAAUCAGUUUGGUUGACCUGGGAGUAUAUUCUGGGAGAAGCGCUUAAAGAUACCAGUUGGCUACCUGAAUUUCUGAGUACAGUAAUGAUCUCAACAUUUCUCAAUUGUGUGAAACAACAUUCAUGAGUUUGAAACCAAUGAGUCAGGUACUUACUGUAGCAGGAGUGGCAGACUGACCAGGCAGGGCCCCUACCCUUUUCCCUUUUCCAGUGCAAAAGGGCCAUUCUCUUCUGUUUGCCCUAUUUGCUCUCUAAAAUGUUAUAAAUGUGGACACUUCUAUUUUAAAA